GCGAGAGGAAGCCGGAAGCCAGGCCACUUCCGGAACGGGAAACUCCUGGCUGCGGCUUUGCCCUGUUUGACAGGUUGGGUUUCUGCCGGCGGCGCGCUGACUUCACCUCGCUCGGCCUCGUUCGCGCCCGGCUGCCGCCUUCCCGCUGCCCCUUUCUCGAGCCUCCCCUUCCUUAUGUUCCGGGGCCGGAGUCCGGGAAGCAAAGACCCUCUUGCCCAGUCCCCAUCAUGUCCGAAGUGACCAAAGAGCUUCUGGAGCUGGUGUGGGGCACCAAGAGCAGCCCCGGAGUGUCGGACACCAUCUUCUGCCGCUGGACGCAAGGGUUUGUGUUUAGUGAAUCAGAGGGAUCUGCGUUAGAGCAGUUUGAAGGUGGCCCCUGUGCUGUUAUUGCACCUGUCCAGGCAUUCCUUUUGAAGAAGCUUCUGUUUUCCUCUGAGAAGUCAUCCUGGCGGGACUGCUCAGAGGAAGAGCAGAAGGAGCUCCUUUGUCAUACCUUAUGUGAUAUUUUAGAACGUGCUUGUGACAGCUCCGGGUCAUACUGCUUGGUUUCAUGGUUGAGAGGAAGGACAACUGAGGAAACGGCGAGUAUUUCUGGGAGUCCUGCACAGUCUAGUUGCCAAGUGGAACAUUCUUCUGCCUUGGCUGUCGAAGAGCUUGGCUUUGAGCGAUUUCAUGCAUUAAUUCAAAAAAGAUCAUUCAGAACUGUAUCAGAAUUAAAAGAUGCUGUCCUGGACCAGUAUUCAAUGUGGGGAAACAAAUUUGGAGUCUUGCUUUUUCUCUAUUCAGUAUUGCUGACAAAGGGCAUUGAAAACAUAAAGAAUUCAAUUGAAGAUGCAAAUGAGCCUUUGAUAGACCCUGUGUACGGGCAUGGCAGCCAAAGCUUAAUUAACCUCCUACUGACGGGGCAUGCAGUAUCUAAUGUAUGGGAUGGUGAUAGAGAGUGCUCAGGAAUGCAACUUCUCGGUAUCCAUGAGCAAGCAGCUGUAGGAUUCUUAACAUUAAUGGAAGCUUUACGAUAUUGUAAGGUUGGUUCUUACUUGAAAUCUCCAAAAUUCCCUAUUUGGAUUGUUGGCAGCGAAACUCACCUCACCGUAUUUUUUGCCAAGGACAUGGCUUUAGUUGCCCCUGAAGCGCCUUCUGAACAAGCCAGAAGAGUUUUUCAAACCUAUGAUCCAGAAGAUAAUGGAUUCAUAGCUGACUCCCUUCUAGAAGAUGUGAUGAAAGCCUUGGACCUUGUUUCAGACCCCGAGUAUAUAAAUCUCAUGAAGAAUAAAUUAGAUCCAGAAGGAUUAGGAAUCAUAUUGUUGGGUCCAUUUCUUCAAGAAUUUUUUCCUGACCAGGGCUCCAGUGGUCCAGAGUCUUUUACUGUCUACCACUACAAUGGAUUGAAGCAGUCAAAUUAUAAUGAAAAGGUAAUGUAUGUCGAAGGGACUGCAGUUGUUAUGGGUUUUGAAGACCCCAUGCUACAGACAGAUGACACUCCUAUUAAACGCUGUCUCCAAACCAAAUGGCCAUACAUUGAGUUGCUGUGGGCAACAGACCGCUCUCCUUCACUCAAUUGAGUUCAUAAGAAAGAUGGUAAAAACAGGUGUUGAAAAGGGGAAUUCAUGACUGGCUACAUAAAGCUAAACACUGGUAUUGUUGAUUAACUGUAAAUAACAAUUAAAAACACAUUUUCAGUGUUUAAGAUAUGUUUAAAUUAUUUGUUCUAAAGCUUUAUGUUAAAGGUUAUCCUAUUUUAAUCCUUUCUGUGAAAUUUACUAACAAAAUUAAGCUUUAAUUAAAGUUCAUCACUUCUGCAGUCAGGUAAUUGGCUGUUACCGGAUUACAAACGCAAUAUUACAGCAUUUUUAUAAUGAGAAUCAGUCACAAAAAUCUGCCUGGGAUUUCAUUUGAUUCAGGUUCGUUCUAUUGUAUUAUUUUUAGCAGCCUCCACACCAAAAUGCAGAAGUUAAUUUUUGUUAUUUUUGUUUUUCAUUGCUAAAAUCUGUUUUCCAUGAGAAAUGCUAAUAAAUAUCAAAUUAUCAGCUCUUGUCCUACUAGCAUGUUUACAAAAAAAAAAAAAAGAUAAUAUGUGGGAACUUCCUGUUUGCUCAGAGGUGCUCUGUAUUUUUUACAGGGAUGGGGAGAGAAUCUGUUUGCUUGGUGGUCUUAACACUGUAACUUUCACUGUACUGCUAAAUACACUUCUCCACCUUUGUUCCUGUAAGCCAGCUCUCUUGUAAUGCUUAUAGGCGUGGUAAAUGCAUGAGAACAUCUGUUGUUACAUUAGCAUAUUGCAUUAUUUAUUAUGAUCCCAGUUAACACCAUAUAAAUAAAGACUCUCCUUUAAUUACA